AUGUCCGCGCCGUAUCAGCCUCCACGAUUCAUCCCACCAAGCAGCUCGGUGCUCAAAGAUAAGGUCAUCGUCUUGACAGGCGGGGCAGAGGGAAUUGGGGCGGCCACCGUCCGUCUACUGCACGAAGCUGGAGCUCAUAUCUUCUUCGGCGAUAUCCUGGAUGACGAAGGUUCGAAGCUCGAGAAUGAGCUCUCUAGAUCAGAAGCGACAGUGAGAUACAUCCGAUGCGAUGUGACCUCAUAUGAGGACAAUCUUCGGCUGUUCGCGGCCGCGUUCAAUGCUUUUGGGCGUAUUGACCAUGCAUGGAGCAAUGCCGGCAUCCCGGAGGAAGGCGAAAUCUUCGAUCCAGCUCUGACUCUGGAGGACGUCAAAGCGGAACCGAUUCAAUCUUUGAAAGUGCUUGAUGUCAAUCUGAGGGGACCCAUUUAUUUUGCUCGCAUCGCUAGCGUAUAUCUUCGUCAAGCUAGCCAGACCGGCGAUCGAAGUCUGCUCUUCACCAGUAGCGUAGGUGGUUUUAGAGAGGAUCCUGGCUGCUGGGUGUAUGUUCCUACUAAGCACGGAGUCCUGGGCCUAGUGCGGCAGGUGAGGGAACGAUUUAAUAGGCCUCCUUUCUCGCUACGCACGAAUGCGAUCUGUCCUUGGGCUACAUCCACCAGGAUGAUGGAAGUUAUCAAAGACAUCUGGGAGGAGUCGGGACUUCCCAGUAAUACGCCAGAAGACGUCGCUAGAAUCGUUGUCGGAGUUCUGUCGGAUCCUCAACAGAAAGGCGGAGCGUUGUACAUUGAGGGCGGAAGAGCUUGGGAUGUCGAGGCCGGAUUGCUUCAUACACGCCCUCAGUGGCUUGGUGAGAAGCAGACCAGAGACCUUGAUGCUGGGACUUUAGUGCUAGGUGGUUGGGUGAAGAACCGUGGUUGA